UCCACGCCCUGAUCGACCAGCUACCAACCACCUCUCUCUUUUCUCAAUCUUGGUCAAGAACUCGAGCUAGCUUGAAACAAUGGCCGCUGCUGGUGCUGAGAAGCUGCACGUUCUGGUGGCGUGUGCCUUGCUGCUGCUCCUUGCUGUGGGGUGCCAGGCCAGCCCUCUGCAGAUCGGGUUCUACCGCGACAGGUGCCCCCAGGCGGAGGCCGUCGUCAAGGGCGUGAUGAUGGACGCCAUCUCCCAGAACCCCGGCAAUGGCGCCGCCAUGAUCCGCAUGCUCUUCCACGACUGCUUCGUUGAGGGCUGUGACGCUUCGGUCCUCCUGGACCCGACCCCGUUCAGCCCGACGCCGGAGAAGCUCAGCGCGCCCAACAAUCCCUCCCUGCGUGGCUUCGAGCUGAUCGACGCCAUCAAGGCCGCCCUCGAGGCGGCCUGCCCGGGCGUCGUCUCCUGUGCCGACAUCAUCGCUUUCUCGGCCCGCGACGCGUCCUGCAUCCUGAGCGGGGGCAAGGUGGACUUCGAGGUGCCGUCCGGCCGCCGCGACGGCACCUUCUCCAACGCCUCCGAGCCUGUUAAGUUCCUCGUCCCACCCACGUCCAACCUCAGCGACCUCGUGGACAGCUUCGUCGUCAAGGGCCUCGACAAGGAGGACCUGGUCAUCCUCUCUGGCGCACACACCAUCGGGCGCUCCCACUGCUCCGCCUUCGUCCCCGACCGCCUCAACGUCUCCUCCGACAUCGACGGCGGCCUCGCCGCAUUCCUGCGUGGUCAGUGCCCCGCCGACGCCACCCCGGGCAGCAACGACCCAACGGUGAUGCAGGACGUGGUGACCCCGAACGAUCUGGACAAGCAGUACUACAACAACGUGCUAUCGCACACGGUGCUCUUCACCUCCGAUGCGGCGCUCCUGACAUCGGAGGAGACGGCGAGGAUGGUGUUGGACAAUGCCAACAUCCCCGGAUGGUGGGAGGACAGGUUCGAGAAGGCCAUGGUGAAGAUGGCCGGCAUCGAGGUCAAGACCGGCGAUCAGGGACAGAUCAGGAAGAACUGCCGCGCAAUCAACUACUACUAAGUGCAUGCAUGCGCGUCUACGUCUACGUGCAUGCAUGGUGAAGGAAGACUCCAUCUCCAUUGUUUGCUUUCACCCUGCAAGCGAGUUACCGCUGUAAAGUUUUUUUUUUAAGUUUAAAGUUUGGUUGUUUUAGCAUCCAUCAUUGUUGUCAUUUCUUUCGUUAUUUCUUGGUUCAAUUCUCGUCAACUGAAUUCUUUGUCCACAUGUGUAAAUGCGCUGCGAGCCAAUGUUCUUUCAUUUGGGAAAAUAAAGUUACACUU